UUGAUUGACAAACAUUUAAACAUUCACCCGAGCAUAUAUUUUUAAGUAAACAGGGAAUUUUUCUUUACUGAUCUACUCUGCAACCCUACAUGCGGACUUAACAGAUAUUGCCAGAUGAUGUCUACAGGUUGUCCCGGAUCAUAAUUUCCCUGAUAAGGUACUCAAUCAAUUGAAGUUGAAGGAAUCACUGAGGGAUCUUUCCAUGUGUGGUAAAAGCUGAUCAAAAGCUCCAUUUCUCAGGGAUGUUCCCCAGAGGACACAGUGGACAGGAUGAACCCUAUAAGUCAGAGCUACUUCCUCUCUCGCCCAAGAGGCAAGAUCUGGAGGAGAAGAGAUCAAAGAGCCCCAAUGUCGGGAGAAGAAUGCGAAGAAAGUUGCAGAAGUGCCUGCAGGGGAUCGAGGAUAACUCCCUUUCUGACCUGUCGUCAGUGGACACUGCCUGCACCAAAGCAGACCUCGUCCUGUGUGGGGAAAAGCCUAGUUCGGAUUGCCUGGUGGGCGUUGGGGUUUUGGAGGAUACUUUACCCAAACUGAUAGAAAGGAUCAAAAAUAAAGAAGAGAAAAAGGAGAUGGAAGAUGAGGAUGCUGAGCAAGGGUCGGGUAAUAUAGUGGAACAUAUCCUGAAAGAGCUAAAGGGCAUCAACAAGAUCCAGGAGGAAAUUUCUGACCUGAGGCAGUAUCUAACAUCUGUGCGAGGCUCGGUAGAUGAGGUAUCUUGUUGUGUUGAUGCAGUUCUCAGUGAAAUAGGCGAGCUAUACUCUGGGGCUUCAGCUGCACCUGAACCUAGUCCUGUUUCUCAAACCCCCCGCAUCAGGAGAGGAAGUUUAGGUAGACAGAACGCCAUCACUUCACUUCAUGGGCGAUACACCAGUCCACUGUUGGAUUGCAAAGAUUGUGGAACAGAUUGUGGAUGCAUGCCAUCUCAAAGAUCACCCGAACAAUGGCAUGUGGAUCGAGUCACUUUCCAAUCGGAGCAACAAACGGACAAAGAAAACUCAAAGCAGAGUUCAAAUACACACAUGCUAGGCCAUACAAAACCUGACCCCUGCUACCUGGAUAUUCAGCAAGGCCAUGACUACCAAAGCACUAGCUCUUUGUCCUCGUGUCACAGCUCCAAUUGUCAAGAAGCAAGCUUUAUCUCUGGUGACACACAAUAUCAAAGGUGGCCUUCUGGUGAUAUGCACCACAGUAUAAGCAGAGAAACAGGUUGGAGCGAGGAGGACAUAUACUCUUGUGCCAAUAGUAGAGAAGGGUUAGAGAAUUGUCUUGGUGUUUGGGACAGGUGUGCCACAGAGGAGACAAGAAACAGCACACCUGGUCAUUCUUCUCAUGACAGCUCUGAACAUCUGUCAUUACUGUUUGGCCAACAUUCUAUCUCUCCAACUAGUUCUGCUAGUAUGGUUGACUGGAGGCCACCUAGACUACAAAAGGAGGAAGAACACUUGGAGUGUGACUGUUCCGCAAACUGCCCGUACUCGCGUAGUUCUGGUUACCACACCAUGGGUGCAUGUGCAAAUGAAAUGGGUAGCGAUCCCUCCAGGAGCCUGAGUUGCUCCACCGUGCUGUUGACGGACUGUGAUGAUGGUUACCUGGAGACAAAUUCACUGUGUGAGGACUGUCCAUCUUCCGGUGAUACUCUUGAUCUGGGGUCUGCUGACAGUUUGGACAGGGAAUGGACAGAUCACAUUAAUUUCAAGGAUGAAGCAGCAGAGUCUUUGUCACCAGAGUCUUCUGAAAUAGAUGCUGAUAGCCCAUCCAAGACCCCCAAUGUAGGUUUUGAUGUGACAACUUUAAGUAAGGCUGUACUCACUUUCAGGUCAGCUUUGAAAGGGGCUUUGAAAAAAUUGGAAGUGCCUAACCCUGAAGGUGUUAAAGAUGAUAGUGGGACGGAGGCAACUGCAUCCCCUGUCGGUCAACGUAGUGAACCCAAGGAGGAAAGGAGCAGCACAGACUACACAGAGGGAGAGGUUAGUGUGACAGAGAAUCACACUCAAUGCGGCACUCCAAAGGAGGAAAGUGAGGCUUCAGUCUAUGUGGAUUGUAGUGAGACACGUGAAAACAUAUCAAGUUUCCUUCAAGCAUCCCCCCGUGACGCAAGCCCCUCUCCCUGCACCCCAACUGAGUAUCACUCUGUAGAGAUCUCAGAGGACAAAGGAGAAUGUCCAACAGAUGGGGAACUGUCCAACUCUGACUUAACACCAGACCAUUGUCCAAUAAGGAAGGCCGACAGUCCACUGGGUACAGUACUCAGUACGAAUGAGGUGCGGUUAAGUCCAAUUAAGGAAAACCAUGUUCCUGAUGAGGUUAUUCAAGAAAAGCACAUGGAUGCUAGUCACAAAGAGCGUGUAGCUAAUUUCCAGCGCAUUCUGAGGGAAAAGAGGCAAACGCGUCAUAGACUGUCCAAAUCUGCUCAUGGGUCACAGGGGUCCCAUGGCUCCCAUGGCUCUCAAGGCUCUCAAGGCUCCCAUGGCUCUCAAGGCUCUCAAGGCUCCCAUGGCUCUCAAGGCUCUCAAGGCUCCCAUGGCUCUCAAGGCUCCCAGGGAUCUCAAUCCCAAUCUCAAGAUGAAUUUUACCCAGAGUGUGGUGGAGAAGAUAAUCAGGUUACUCAUAUAACACUUUCUCUAUAGUUAUGCUUUUUUCCUGUUGAUAAUGUUGGGUUAACAGUUUUUCUUGUUCUCCAUUAUUUGUCUUUGUCAAAGGGAAUGUCUGUGUGCACUGCAAAGAAAAUAACACAUGAUAUACCCAAGUUAUUCUAUAUGAUGAAUAGUUUAUAAUUUGUCUUAUUCAUGUCAUGUUAGAGAAAGAUUCACCAGUU